AUGAGUGACGUCCCCCGGCCGCCGCCCCCGCGCCCCGAUGGCCUGCCCUCGUCGUGGAACCACCACGGCCGCCCGCGCCGCGCUCUCUGGUCCUGUUGGCAGAUGGCCUUUUUCUUCCUCGUCUUUGUCAUCACGAUCCUCGGCCUCACUCUGAUUCCGUUUGGCAUAUCCUCCAACGCCGCCGCCCCGCCAAGCAGCCAUGGCGACAGUGAGCAUCAGACCCCUCCCGAGCCCGUCGACGAGACACACCCGGAGCCGCAGCCGACCGCCGCGCCGGAGCCGGAGACGCGCCCCGGCCCGCGGCUCAGAGACCCUGCCGAGUAUAUCCUCGAUAUGGCGUGGGACUUUGCCGCCGCGCCCACCACACGCGAAUACAACUGGACCAUCACCAACGCCCACCUCAACCCGGACGGCGUCUACCGCCUAAUGUACCUCAUCAACGACCAGUUCCCCGGUCCUCUUGUCGAGUGCAACGACGGUGACACCAUCAUCGUCCACGUCAACAACCAGGCCGUCAACGCGACCGCCCUCCAUUUCCACGGCCUCUUCCAAAACGGCUCCAACUUCAUGGACGGCACCGUCGGCGUCACCCAGUGUCCCAUCGCUCCCCGGUCCUCCUUCACCUACACCUUUACCAUCAGCGGCCAGUCCGGCACAUACUGGUACCACGCGCACCACAGCGCCCAGGCCUCGGACGGCCUGCUCGGUCCCGUCGUCAUACACGCCAGGAACGAGCGCACCGUCCUGCAGGAGCUCGACUACGCCUCAGACCGCAUCGUCAUGGUCCAGGACCACUACCACAACCUCACCUCGGAGUUGCUCAUGGACUACCUCCAGCCCGACAUGGAAAACGACGAACCCGUCCCGGACAAUGCCCUCAUCAACGGCCGCGGCGUCCGCGACUGCGCCGACUUCCCCGGCUGGCCCUGUGACGCCGCCAACACCUCCCGCCCCGUCUUUGACCUCGCCGCCAACCAGCGGCACCGGCUGCGCGUCAUCAACGUCGGCGCCAUGGCCGAGUUCCAGAUCCAGUUUGACGAACACCCCUUUUACGUCACCGAGGUUGACGGCACCGACGUCCACCCGGAGCCCUUUCACCGCCUCAAUAUCCUCCCCGCGCAGCGCUACAGUGUCAUCCUCGAGACCAACGUCACCACCGCCGACGCCUUUUGGAUGCGCGCCCGCAUCGUCACCCAAUGCUUCACCACCGAGAACAAGCGCCUUGUCCCCGAGCUGCAUGCCGUCAUCCGCUACCAGUCCGACGACGCCCCUCUGCCCGCCGCCGAGCCCACCAGCGAGGACUGGCCCGAGGCCGCCGAGGUCAUCUGCCGCGACCUCAACGUCAGCGCGCUGCACCCCGUCGUCGCGCAGUCGCCGCCGCCCGCCGACGAGUUCGUCCUUGUCCGCGCCAACUUUAUGAUUGGCGACUGGGCGCUGGCCCGCGGCUUCUUCAACGGCUCCACGUGGCACGCCAACGCCACGCACCCGUCCUUGCAUCGCUACCUCGACGGCAUCCGCGCCGCCGACGCAGGCUCGGCCUCCUCUACGAAACCCGCCGCCGCCGCCAUGGCUGUCAACGACAAGGUUUUUGACCCUACGCGUGACUAUGUCCUCGAGACGACGGGCGCGCGCACCAUUGACCUCGCGAUCAACAACUUUGACGACGGCUCCCACCCGUUCCACCUCCACGGGCACAAAUUCUUCGUCCUCGUCCAGGGCGAGACGGGCUACCCGCCCGAAGCCCACCAGAUGCCCGCGUACCUGGCCGAGCACGAGCAUCUCCUCGUGAACCCCGUCCGGCGCGACACUGUCACCGUCGAAGGCUACGGCUGGGUUAUCGUCCGCGUCGUCCUCGACAACCCGGGCCUCUGGGCCUUUCACUGCCACAACACCUGGCACGCCGAGUCCGGCAUGGUGAUGCAGUUUCUCGUCGGCAGCGACGCUGUUCGCCACUGGACCGUCGACGAGAGACAGAGGGAGCUGUGUUCCAGAGACGGCGUCUUGACGGGCAUGCGUCCGUCGGACGAUCUUUGGUUUGGUCAUAUCACCAAAUAA